CGCAGCCUUAGCCGCGGAGAUCCACGGGAUAGAAACAAAUCCAGACGAACAACGCUCCGGGUAGCUGGCCCACGGGGAUGCCCUGGCUGCAUUGCUUGUAAUCCUCACCCGGCGCUGUUUAGCGCAUCCCCGCACGGACUGCGAGUGUCCGCAAAGGCGCAGCCUUUAUAAUAUUUCUUUGCUGGCUCCGGAUCAGCGCCCGCUGUCGCCGUAGCCCCGCCGCUUUUUCGCCGGGGACCGAAACCAUGGCUUCCCCGGCCACUGACAAGGCGUCGGGCUCCAAGAAGAAGGGCGAAAAGAAAUUCGCCGUUAAGGAGGAGUACAGGCUGCUCUCCAGCAUCAUGGGCAUGAUGAACAACCUACGUAAACAGAGGACCCUCUGCGACGUCAUCCUCGUUGUCCAGGGGAAGCACAUCCCAGUGCACCGAGUCGUCCUUGCAGCUGCAAGUCAUUUCUUCAACCUGAUGUUCACCACCAACAUGCUGGAGUCCACGUCAUAUGAGGUGCAGCUGAAGAACGUGGAGCCGGAAAUCAUCGAGCUCCUUGUGGAGUUCAUCUACACAGCCCGGAUUUCUGUCAACAGCAACAACGUCCAGUCUUUGCUGGAUGCCGCUAAUCAGUACCAGAUCGAACCCGUGAAGAAGAUGUGCGUGGAGUUCCUCAAGGAGCAGGUGGAUGCGUCUAACUGUUUGGGCAUCAGCGUUCUCGCCGAGUGCCUGGACUGCCCCGAUCUGAAAGUCGCAGCCGACGACUUCAUCCACCAGCACUUCACAGAGGUCUACAAGAUGGACGAGUUCCUGCAGCUGGACGUGAAGAGGGUCACUCACCUCCUGCAUCAGGACACGCUGACCGUCCGUGCCGAGGACCAGAUAUACGACGCGGCGGUGAGGUGGCUGAAAUACGACGAGCCAAACAGGCAGCAGCAUAUCGUGGACAUCCUGUCCAAAGUACGCUUCCCUCUCGUGUCGAAGAACUUCCUCAGCAAGACGGUACAGGCUGAGCCCCUGAUCCAGGACAAUCCAGAGUGCCUAAAGAUGGUCAUCGGUGGGAUGCGCUACCAUCUCCUGUCUCCAGAAGAUCGAGAAGAGCUUGGGGAGAGCAGCCGGCCUCGCCGCAAGAAGCACGACUAUCGCAUCGCCCUGUUUGGCGGCUCGCAGCCACAGUCUUGUCGCUACUUCAACCCCAAAGAGUACAGUUGGACAGACAUCCGGUGCCCCUUCGAGAAGCGGAGAGAUGCCGCCUCUGUCUUCUGGGACAACGUGGUCUACAUCCUGGGCGGCUCUCAGCUGUUCCCCAUUAAGAGGAUGGACUGCUACAACGUGGUGAAGGACAGCUGGUACUCCAAGCUGGGCCCCCCCAACCCCCGGGACAGCCUGGCUGCCUGCGCAUCCACAGGGAAGAUCUAUACCUCCGGGGGAUCGGAAGUGGGGAACUCCGCCCUAAGCCUCUUUGAGUGCUACGACACACGUACUGAGAGCUGGCAGAAUAAGCCAAGCAUGCUGAUGCCACGUUGCAGCCACGGCAUGGUGGAGGCCAAUGGGUUGAUCUACGUGUGCGGGGGGAGCCUGGGCAACAACGUGUCUGGGAGGGUGCUCAACAACUGCGAGGUGUACGACCCCAGCACGGAGGAGUGGAGGGAUCUCUGUGCCAUGAGGGAACCGAGGAAGAACCAUGGCCUGGUGUUUGUCAACGACAGAAUUUACGCAGUGGGAGGACAGAACGGCAUGGGGGGCCUGGACUCCGUGGAGUACUAUGACAUCAGCAGUAACGAGUGGCGGCCGGCCUCACCAAUGCCGUGGAAGGGCGUGACGGUGAAGUGUGCCGCCGUCGGAUCGGUCAUCUACGUGCUGGCCGGCUUCCAGGGAGUGGGACGCCUAGCGCACAUCCUGGAAUAUUACACCGAGACGGACAAGUGGGUGGCUUGCAGUAAGGUGCGGGCCUUCCCAGUUACCAGCUGCCUCAUCUGUGUGGUGGACAUCUGUGGGGCCAACGAGGAGGACACUGGCACCCAGACCCCAGCAGGAGACGUGCCCUCAACUUCCACGGUGUAGCUGGAGGCCUCCCCCCCCCCCCCCACUUCAGUGUGGUGGAAGGAGUCAGUGUCAGCUUAACUGCCGAUUUUGCUAUUAGAUCCCCUCCCCAACAAAGACAUGCCAAAAAUGCAAAAACAUUUUUGCGUUUUUUUCAAUCACAGGUUCCAUUAUGCACAAAUCAUUUGCUGUGCUGUUUUGUAUGUAGGUGUUUAUUUAAUAGUUAAAUUGGGAUUCAGGAAAGUAUUCGUACAAGGGGCCCUGUUUAGAGGACCGAGAUGAAUCCGGUUUCUGUAUUUAGGUUAUAACAGCUUUGCCCCCAGAAUGUCACGGAAGAAUAUUUUUGGGUUUUGGACACAGGUUGCAAAUAUUUUUUUUCUGAGUCUCCUCUGAAAGGGCGAUUUUCAAAAUUUUAUUUGACCUGUUUAGUGAUUUAGAAUUUUUGUACAAUGCAUUAAUAUAUACAGUAUAUGCCCUCAUUGUGAGAGUCGCAACUGCAUCAUGUUUCCAUUUUACCAACAUUGUGCCAAAUGCACUUAAAAGAGCUUUGUUAAUAUUCUUGUUCAUUACUUUCUUCGUGAGAAUAAUUAUAAAAAGCCUAAAAAUGGACUUAGCAGGUUUUAUGCUGAACAGUUUGCUCAGAUUUUUGUAAAUAAAUUUAUGUUUGAGACGAAAA